AUGGAAACAGAUGUUGUUAAAAACACUGCUCCUCAAACAUCCAUUGCAAGAAAGAGGAGAAAGCUUAUUCUUAAAGCAAAGAGGGAUUAUCGAAACCGUGUCAGAUCAAGCAACCUCACUUCCCAUUUAAAUCAUAAUUUUACAUCUUCUGUAACAUAUGAAACCACUAUUGAAACGGCUAUGGCUAGAAAGAGAAGGAAAAUAAUCUUGGAUAACAGAAAAAGAUUGAGAAAUUUGUUCAAUACUGAAGUUAGUAGGGUUCAAAAUACGAACAACAUUGUUAGUCAAAGUCAGAACAUGGAUCAAGCAUCUACUUCAAAUUAUAAUAUGUCAAGUCAGUCCAUGGAUCAUCCAUCUACCUCAAAUCAUAAUGUGUCUGUUGAAUCUCAUUAUGAAGACAAUGAUGACUCCAACUCUGACAAUAAUUUAAAUUCUUCUAAUAGUUCCAGCUCUGACGAAGAUUCAGACCCGGCACAAUUACAGGAGGCCCAUCUUCAAGAAUAUUACGAUAUUGGCGACCAAAGUUAUGAAUGCGCACACUGCCAAGCAUGUAUGUGGUACCAAGAAAAAGUGAAUAGACACAAAAUUACAGCAACUCCUCGCUUUUAUCGUUAUUGCCGUGGAGGAAAAAUUGUUCUUCCGUUCCUUGAGCAACCUCCACAGGUGUUGCAAGAUCUUCUAUUUAAUAACACAUAUUCAGAUAGUAAAAACUACCAGGCUAACAUACGAACAUACAACGCAAUAUUCUCAUUCACUUCCCCUGGAAUGAAGUUUGACACAACAUAUUCUAAAAGAGGUGGACCCCCUACUUUGAGACUGCAGGGUCAGACCUGUCAUCGAAUUGGUACACUGCUGCCAGAAACAGGGCAACCUCCGCAAUAUGCUCAAUUAUACAUCUAUGACACGGACAAUGAAGUUGAACACAGAAUAAAAUGUUUCAAGGACAACAAAGGCAUCGAGCGACCGGUUGUCAAAAAGCUCAAGAUGAUGUUAGAUCAGCACAAUGUUCAUGCCAAAGCUUUUAGAAUGGCAAGGGAUGUUUUAAGGACAAAUUCUUUCACAGAUUUAAAACUCAGGCUUAUUUCUGAUAGAUCCGAAGAUGGCCGUGUUUACAACAAACCUACUGUCUCAGAAGUGGCUGCACUCAUUGUGGGAGACAUUGAUUAUGCUGAUAAAAGGGACAUCUUAAUUCAGCGCCGCAAUGGUGGUUUGCAACGAAUAGAUGAGUUUCACCCAGCAUAUUUGGCUUGUCAGUAUCCUCUUAUAUUUCCUUAUGGGGAAGAUGGUUACAGGAAAAAUAUAAUGCACAGAUAUCGCCAUGAAACUGAGGUCACUAAGAGAAACCGUCAAAGCAUUAAGGAUUGGUUUUCUUACCGGUUACAACAACGUCGCAAAGAGGCAAAAACACUACUUUACUCAAGACGCCUAUUUCAACAAUUCUUAGUCGACGGCUAUGCUAUGAUGGAAUCCGAACGACUGAAUUGGUUGAGAGAUAAUCAGUCGAAAUUAAGAGUGGGCAAAUAUAAUAAUUUGGCCGCUCAAACUGAUUGCGAUACAAGAAAUGAACACCAAAAGCGAGGAAAACGAGUUGUUCUGCCAUCAACAUUUGUUGGUAGCAAGAGAUAUAUGGAUCAACUAUAUUUUGACGGUAUGGCCAUUUCAAGUCAAUUGGGAUUCCCUGAUUUAUUUGUUACUUUUACCUGCAACCCAAAUUGGCCUGAAAUUAAAAGAGCAUUGUCAGGCACAGGUCUACAACCCCAUGAUAGGCCAGAUAUCAUUUCAAAAGUUUUCAAAAUAAAGUUUGAUACCCUCAUGGAUGAUAUUACAAAACACCAUGUCGUGGGAAAAGUGAUUGCAUUACCAAAAUAUUACAUCGAACUAACUUUCAAUUUAAUAGAUAUGUACACCAUCGAAUUCCAAAAGCGCGGAUUGCCACAUGCUCACAUCUUGAUAUUCCUACACCCUAAGAGCAAAUACCCUACACCAUCUGACAUAGACAAGAUCAUUUCUGCUGAAAUUCCCGACCCGACUGUUCAUCCCAAUUUAUACAAAUUGGUUAGGGCACAUAUGAUGCAUGGACCAUGUGGGCUUGCUCGCAUGACCUCACAAUGUAUGAAGAAUGGACGAUGUUCUAAAUACUACCCCAAAAAGUUUAUUGAAGACACUAUUGUUGAUGUAGAGGGAUAUCCGCUUUAUAGGAGAAGAUCAAAAACCUUCACUAUUGAAAAAAAUGGCUAUGACAGAAUAACAGCAGCAGUUUCAACAAAUAGCAGUCAACCUGUUGAUGAGAUCCAACAAUAUCUCGACUGCAGAAAACCAGUUGUGGAACGUAUGUUCUAUCAUUUGGUUGGGGAGAAACCUAUAUACUAUACAGAUUAUGCACGCAUGGAAAAUGUGCUGGAAACUGCAAGUGUGACUGAAUCAAUGUUUACUGCAUGGCUGGUAGCAAAUGCUAAAUAUGAAGAGGCACAAACAUUAACUUAUGGUCAGUUUGUCUCAAAGUUUGUUUACCACAAAAAAAAGAGAGAAUGGAAACCGCGGAAAAAAGGCUUCACCAUUGGACGUCUCAUAUGGGUUCCGCCAACAACUGGUGAACUGUUUUACCUGCGCAUGAUGUUGACGGUGGCAAAAGGACCAACAACAUAUGAGGAAAUCAGGACCGUGGAUAACAUUUAG